AUGAAAAAUCAAAUUAAUUUUCAAAAAUGGUUGAUUAUUUUAACAAUUAUUUCCGGUCUCACUAGAGUUAGAAGUCAGCUGGAAGAUAUGUCAAAUGUUGGAAAUAUUGUUCUCACACAAGAUCCACGAGACCAGGAUCCAUUCUAUCAACAUAUGUAUGCAAGAGCUGAAGGUAUGCCAUUAGCAGCAGUAAAUUCAUUGGUACACAACGUAAAGCAUCAAUCGGAAGGAAACUUCAAGAUAUGGGAUCAGUUGCCUUCUGCUAGAUUGCGUGGAUAUUCGACAACUACAAAAGAUCCAAAAAUCAAAACAACAACUCCUCCAUGGGUACGAGGUAGGCACCGACCACGACAUGGAGGACACGAUAAAGCUCCUUGGAAUCAAAACGAUCCAGCUCACAGCGAUCAUGAUCAUGGAGUGGAUUAUGAUGAACAAACCACUCCUCCUCCACCAAGGCACCGAGGAAGACGACCUACUGGUGGCCGAGGCAGACGACCUCCAACUCCUCAGGCGCCCGUCCGUGUGCCAAUGGGAAAACACGAGGAUCUUGUAGAAAAUGGUGAUGGCGGCGGGGGAUUUGUUGCUGGAGAUGAGGGCACAAGGCAUGCGGUGGUUGACUCAGAAGGAACAAAACAUGGUGCACCCGACACAGAAGGUACCCGUCACGAUGCACCAGAUUUAGAAGGAACUGAAAAUUCGGAAGGUGUUAAAGUAACAACGAAAACACGUUCUGGAAGAGAUGGAGGAGGGUUAUUUGCUUCAUCGGAUGGUGAAGGCACUAAAGUGCAACCUGGAGCAGGCGGUGGUGACGGUGAAGGUACAAAAGCUGGUGAAAUCGAUUUGGCAGAACUGAAAAAGGGUGGUGGUAUUCAUAGAAUAAGAACAGAAGGAAAAGGAAAAACAACCGGUCAAGAUAAGACUGAUGAGGAUGAAGAUGAGGAUGAUGACGGUGCGAAGCAUGGUAAAAAGUCAAAAUCAAAAAAGAAAAAAGGAAAGAAAAAUGACGAUGACGAAGAUGAUCACAAAAAAGGAAAGAAGGGAAAGAAAGGGAAAAAAGGAAAAAAGAAGAAUAAGGAUGAUGAUGAAGAUGAAGAUGAGGACGAUGAUGAGGAUAAUGGAGAUUUGGAAAGAGUUGAUGGAAUUGUAAAAAUACCAAAAGCAAUUGAUGGAAAUACAGAUGAUCAUGAAGAAGAUUAUGAAGAUGAAGAUGAAGAGGAAGAAGAUGAUAAUGAGGAUGAUGAGAAUUCAAGGAAGAAAAAGAAAGGAAGAAAGAAUGGUCGAAAAAAGAAUAAUGAAGAUGAAGAGGAAGACGAUAAUGAUGAAGAUGAUGAUGGAAAUAAUGAAGAGAAUGGAUAUAAAAAGAAACAAAAAAGGAAGAAAAUCAAUUGUCCACCACCACAAAGAGAACAUUAUCAACCACCACAACCACUUCCACAGAACUAUAAUAUUCCACCCGAUCAAGUACCAUAUCCCCAUCCAGAUGCAUAUGGCUACACGUUUCCAACAGUUACUACAACAACCACAAUGCCUCCAUCAUACCCGUAUUAUCCCGGAAAAAUAGGAGAUGAUUAUCAUAACUUUGAGAGUAUGGAUUGUAAGCAAGAACGGGAGAACUACGAAGAAAAUGAAGAUGGAGAUGAUUACUCGGAAGAGAAAAAACAAAAGAAAAAGAAGAAAAAAUCAAAGAAAAAUAACAAAAGAAAAGGAAAGAAGAAGAGCAAAAAAGGAAAGAAAGGAAGAAAAAAUCAUUUGAGUUUAGACUUCCUUACGUCGAAAGAGAAAAUCGAUCAGGGUAAGAGAAAUCGAGGGCAGAUUCUUGAUGAAUUACAUGCUGGUCAAGAUUUGAAGAAACUUCAAAAGUCUUCCAAAUCAGGAGAAUCAGGUGUUGAUUGUGCAACUGCAGUCGACGAGUUCCCCAUGAAAUGUGGUGCUUGGAAAUCUGCAGGAUUCUGUGAUACAAAUCAAGCAACACAAUUUUUAUGGUGUCGUAAAACCUGUCUCUGCUCAUCGACAAUCAGCACAACAACGAGUUCGUCAAAUACCGAAGAAUAGCUGAAACUGCCAUAUAAUGAUU